CGCUGACUAAGUUUCAGCGUGUUUGCACUGUAUACGAUUUGUGGCCGUAGGUGGACACUGUCACCGCAUAGGUGCGUCGAGUGUGGUUACCAAGGUCCUCGAGUCGACAACAAUUACAUCGAAGGAUAAAAAACAAGCCUUUGUAGCGCGUGGAGUGGCAGUCAUAUGCCGAGUCGCCGGGCUCAUAUAGUUAAUUUUGUGGUUCACGGACUUAGAGGAGUUACGGGGCGCUGUGGCGGAGAGAAGUAAAAGGAAUCUGGAUUCCAAAGUCUCGACAAGUGUCAACUCCCGUGUGACGUCAUCAACGCAGAACCAUGUCAUCGCCGUUACAUCAGCUGUCGUCGCGACGAUUCAAUGCAUAUCCAGGUCAGAGUUCGUUCGAGAAUUUCAGCGACUUUGAACCCUUCAUCAGCAGACGACCAUUCUCCGCGAUAGCAAUACCCAAACCACCAAGACCCUCUUCUAGUAACGCCAGCAACCUGUUGCCAAGGAGAGCGCGAACAGCGCCACCACGACUGGCAAGAGGAAGCAAUCAAGUGCAAAAGACCGCAGUUCAGUCUAAAAGCAACUCGAACGUAGAAUCAAAGCAGGAAGAUGGAGAAAACAGCGCCUUCUCACAUUAUUUAAAGAAGAGACACCAUGGAUCACUUGGGUCAUUAUUCGAGGCAGAUACCGAUACGUUAGAAACGGAAGCGUCAUGUAACGGUAAAGAUGCAGAGACUAUGGUGUCUGUGACUGAGAAUAUCGUUGAAGCGCCGACUAAAAGAAAGCAAUCCGCCAAAAUGAGUGUGAAACCGUCACAUACUCCGCCAGUGACUCCGCAGCGGACAGGUCCAAUAAUUGAAAGGUUAACAGAUUCUUCAAGGACUUCCAGACAGGAAGUCAUAUCUGAUCCAAGAUUGGUGUACGACAGAGAAUCCGAACAAAACACAGUCCUUGAUGACGAGUCUGUACAAAAAGGUUGGUUGAAGCGGCGGAAUUGUUACGGGUUCCCGUAUUACGCACACGAAAAAACUGGUGAAGAAACAUGGGAGAAACCUAUUGUGCUUCCUAAGGGAUGGGAAGAGCGUGACGACCCUAAUGGGUUCCCAUAUUAUUUAGAUUCUAGGACGGGAUUUAUCACUUGGGAAAAACCGGAAGUUCUUCCAUUUGGAUGGGAAAGGCAAACUUCAAACGAUGGUCGACUAUAUUAUUUACAUUAUCACAGCAACCUGUCUACAUGGGAUAAACCCGACCCUAGCACAUUACAAAUGCUACAGACAUCAAAUUAAAUAGAGAACUAAUAAUAUGAAUAUUCAUCAUUCUAAUAACCGAGCUGAAAAAUUCAAAUGACGCCACCACCGGUCAUAUGAAACAAUUGUGUUACCUUUCGUUUCAGAGGCGUACGCUGUAAAACGUUUCAGUAAGUUUUUUAAAGCAUAGGAUUAUAUAGUUGGUCCUAUUUGUCCCGUCAUUCAUUGCGACAUAUUGUCUCACAUGAUCAGAACGAGGGGAACAUGUCACAGAUACACAAGACGUGAGAAUAACAGUUUGAAUGAAGAUAAUUGUGCAUAUUAUGAGACGUAGGUUGGAUGAUAAAUACGAGUACACAUUCCAUGACACGAUGUUGUAACUUUACCCGCCGUUUUACGGAAAAUGGCGCCAUUGUUUAAACGCUUUACUUAUAAUGUGUUUUAUUUUUCAAUGGCGUAGAUUAUAUUAUUAUUAACAUUUUAAAGCAAACUUACACAUUUAAACAUUCAAAUCUGUGUAGGCACAUUACUAUUUUGAUACAAUCAAUAUUUUCGCUCUAUUUUUAAAAAAUAUUUGAAAAGAUUACUGCAAAGUCACACACCAAAAUGUUAUUGAUAAGGUGUACACGGUCCAUCGACGAAAAAAUCUUUUAAUUAUAGUUUCCGUCGCCAAAUUGCAAGCGAUCACUUUCAGUUUUUCUAUACUUUUAGGUUAAAAUUGACCAGGAAGAAAAUUAAUCGCUGUUCAUAUUCACAAUGAGGCACGAUAGUUAGACCAUAUCGCAAUUCCAAAUCACAGUGAAUUGUGGAGAAGUUUUGACAAAAUCUAACACAACUCCUGCAACUUGCUGUAACUAUCCCAUAAUGCACUAUACUCUGGAAGUGCGAUAUGGUUUAUUUUCAUGCAUCUCAAAUAGUGUUCUAUUUUCUCCUGUUUUUGCAUUCAAUGUCACCCUGAUCCAUGUUACCGUAGCAUGUUGGAAGUGUACACCACAGAGAGAGAAAUGGAACACUAUUUGAGGGGCAAAACACGUCUCGCAGAUAUCUCGCUAUCAACGAGACCUCAGCGACCAUUUGCGGCUAAAGUCUUUAUUAUAAUACAAUGCAUUGAAUUGUUAUUAUUUGCUUAACAAUAGUUACGGUAUAAUCGUAAAUCCAUUCUCCACUGUAGACGAUACAAUACACUGUACACCACAUACGUAUCGUGCCGAGCGUUAAAGGUUUUCUAACACACUUCAGCCGUGAUAAGUGGAACAUUCUUUUUCUUCUUUUGCGCGUAUGUUGACGUCACUUGGACGAUUCUUCUAAAUUCUUGUUACAAUUGCAAUCAUUUUAUGUAACUUUAAUUUACAUUAUUUUUGUGACAGUCUUUGAGGCCCAGGAGCAAUAUUCUACACAUGACCAUUGUAUGUACAUGACGUCAGAUAAUCAACAAACACAAUAUUAUUAUUUUUUAAAGUUUGAACAUAUUACUAUUACUAAGACGUUAACUCGUGUAUUAAACUUUCGCUUUGGCAAUAUAAAUUAUUUCAUUUGUUUUUAAAUAAGUAAAUGGAGCACAUCACAAUCAUUGUAAAUAUUUAUAAUAAAUUUUUCUGAUUUUUUUUAUUCAUACAA